CACGCCGCGCCCCACUCCACCCCCAUCGCUGACAUCCAGCAGGGCAUCUCCAAGUACCUGGAUGCCCUCAACGUCUUCUGCCGUGCCAGCACGUUCCUCACAGACCUCUUCAGCACCGUGUUCAGGAACUCACACUACUCGAAGGCCGCCAUGCAGCUCAAAGACGUGCAGGAGCAUGUGAUGGAAGCCGCCAGCCGAUUGACCUCAGCCAUAAAGCCCGAGAUUGCCAAGAUGCUCAUGGAACUCAGUGCUGGGGCUGCAAACUUCACAGACCAGAAGGAGUUCAGUCUCCAGGACAUUGAGGUGUUGGGGCGAUGUUUCCUGACGGUGGUGCAAGUCCAUUUCCAGUUUUUGACUCACGCCCUGCAAAAAGUCCAGCCGGUGGCUCACUCUUGCUUUGCCGAGGUAGUUGUGCCGGAAAGAAAGAACAGCAGCAGUCUGUCUGGUGUGAGUCACACACCUGAACUGGAGGAAGCAGUGCGAUCCUGGCGGGGGGCUGCCCAGGCAACAUCUAGAUUAAGAGAGAGAGGCUGUGAUGGACGCCUGGCAGGAAUUGAAGUCCAACAACUCUUUUGUUCUCAAAGUGCAGCGAUUCCUGAGCACCAGCUAAAAGAGCUGAACAUAAAAAUUGACAGUGCUUUGCAGGCAUAUAAAAUAGCGUUGGAAAGCUUAGGCCACUGUGAAUUUCCAAUGAAAGCUGGCUUCCACUUGAACCCAAAGGCCAUUGAAGCAAGUUUGCAGGGCUGCUGCAGUGAGGCGGAGGCUCAGCAGACGGGGCGAAGACAGACACCCCCGCAGCCCAUGCAGUGUGAGCUCCCCACUGUCCCUGUGCAGAUAGGACCGCACUUCCUGAAGGGGGUCUCCUUCAACGAGUCGGCUGCUGACAAUCUGAAGCUGAAGACGGUAGCUUCCCAUGGGUUGCUGGGGUUCCAGCAACUGAGCAUCAGCUUAAUAGAACUGUUACAGGGAACUUCAGGGCUUUUGAACUGCAAGACUGCCGUGCAGCUGCUGUUUGGCCAGGCGGGACUGGUGGUUGUUGACACAGCACAGAUUGAAAACAAAGAAGCCUACGCACCCCAGAUCAGUCUAGAAGGCUCCAGAAUUGUGGUUCAAGUCCCAUCCACAUGGUGCCUGAAGGAAGACCCUGCCACAAUGUCCCUGCUGCAGAGAAGCCUGGAUCCCGAGAAGACCCUGGGUCUGGUGGAUGUGCUUUACACAGCCGUGUUGGACUUGAACCGCUGGAGGGCAGGGAGGGAACAAGCUUUGCCCUGUAUACAGAUCCAACUGCAAAGGGACAUCUGUGACUUUGGGAACCAGGCUGAUCUGCCACCUGGGAGCGGAAGCAAGUCCUCAGGCCUGCAGAAGACCUUCUCCAAACUGACGUCUCGGUUCACCAAGAAGGUGUCAUGCACCAGCUCCAGCAGCACACACUAUUCCAAAAACGUCUUCGCAGCUGGGUGUUCAGAGGAGAAGGCCAAGAUGCCAGGCAAUAUGGAUACACGGUUACAGAGCAUUUUGAACAUUGGUAACUUCCCCAGGACUGCAGACCCUUCACAGGCGGCUCAGAACUCCAGUAACCCAGUGGUCAAUGGUUUUCUCCUGGAGAGACACGAGAACUCCCUGCAUCGGGAUGAGGGCAAGGACGAGAAGGGCAUGAACUUGCCCACGGAUCAGGAAAUGCAGGAAGUGAUAGAUUUUCUCUCAGGCUUCAACAUGGGCCAGUCACAUCAGGGGUCCCCACUAGUGACAAGGCGUAAUUCCACUGCCACUGCCAUGGUGACUGAACAGAAGGCAGGAGCCAUUCAACCACAGCAGCCAUCACUGCCAUUGGCUCCUCCACUACGGCCACCCCAGGCUGGAGCACACACACCUCUGGCACCCCAGCAAGGUCUGGCACCUCAGCAGCAGUCUCCAAAGCAACAGCAGCCCCAAGUCCAGUACUACCAACACCUGCUCCAACCCAUUGGAUCACAGCAGACUCCACCCCAGCCUCGGGCACCUGGGAAAUGGGUCCAUGGCUCACCUCAGCAGCCAGCACCGCCCAUGGCAGCGGGUCUGUCUCCUCUUGGUCAGUGGCCUGGCAUAUCUGACCUCAGCUCUGACUUGUACAGCUUGGGCCUCGUGAGCAGCUAUAUGGACAAUAUGGUGUCAGAAGUUUUGGGACAGAAGCCACAGGGACCCAGGAAUAACACCUGGCCAAACCGUGACCAAAGUGAUGGAGUCUUGGGAAUGCUGGGGGAGAUUUUGCCUUUUGACCCUGCAGUGGGCUCAGACCCAGAGUUUGCACGCUAUGUAGCAGGAGUGAGCCAGGCAAUGCAGCAGAAGAGGCAACCCCAGCAUGGCCGCCGGCCAGGCAACCCCCGGGGCAACUGGCCGCCCAUGGACGAUGCCCAUCGGACCUGGCCUUUGCCAGAGUUCUUCGCAGAAGGGGACAGCCUGCACAGAGGCUGGGCAGGUGCUCAGGGAGACUCCACCAGCUCCAGUGAUGAGGCCUCUUCAGCCAAUGGGGACAGCCUGUUCUCCAUGUUUUCAGGGCCUGACCUCGUUGCUGCUGUCAAACAGAGAAGGAAACACAGCAGUGGAGAGCAGGAGACCAGCACACUGCCCUGCCCGCCUCUCCUCACCACUGUGGAGGAUGGGAACCAGGAUAACAAAACCAAAACGUGGCCACCCAAAGCCCCAUGGCAGCACCCCGCCCCGCUCCCCCGCCCCGCGGCCCCCCCUUCCCCAGUCUCCAGCCCUGGCAGCCAGUGGCCAGACACCAUGCAGAUGCUGCAGUCCCCUGUGUGGGGGGCUGCAACCAGUGACUGCAAUACCACCUCCUUCACCUAUGUGCAGACAGCUCCCCAGCCCCCACCUCCACCAGCACAUAAGGCGGCACCCAAGGGCUUCAAGGCCUUCCCUGGGAAGGCUGAGCGCAGACCAGCCUGACUGCCCCAGUACUAACCACACCACGCCUGUUGCCCAUCAAAGCUGUUGGGGCCAGUGUCCCCAGGGCUGAGUAGCUGAUAACUAGCCCCCAAAAGGACCAGUGCACCUCUGUCGCAGGGGCAGAAAUGUUCCUUGGGUCAGAGGUGAUUGGCAGCUCCAAAUCUUUAAAGCCUGAUUUCUCAAACUUUGAAGGUAGCAGACCCCUGGGAGAUAGCUGAAAAUGGAGAUUUCUGACACACGGGGGCUGCUGGCAAUCUGCAUGCUUAAUAAGCACCUCAGGUAAUCCUGGUGCAGGUGGCCAAUGGCCACUCUUGGAAAACACAGUCCAAAGGUUGUCAGCCCUGCAUGUGGGAAAGGCAUGAGGCCUGCAGGCUGAGAACGAAACUGACCAUUCUCUGAAACUCUCCUCUUUAACACACUGAGUGGGACCCACUCCUAUCACUGGUUUUAUAGAUACUUCUCAUGUAGGUUUUCAGUUAAAAAUGUCUCCUGCCUAAAACACAUUGGCUAUCUUAAGAGCCCAGGUACCCUGGCUGGAGGUUAGCUCAGCGCUGUCUUCGUUUCAGCUUAUUCAAGACAUUGUGAUCAGGAGCGGCCACCUGGCUUCCUGGGGUGGGCAGCCCCUCUGCUCAGAAGCAGCCCGGGGUGCAGGCUCAUGGGGUUUACAGGAGCAGGAUUGGGGAGCCGCACCUGCUGCCCUCCAUCCUUCCACCAUGACCAAGGCAGCACCGCGCUCCUCAAAGGAAGCAACUGUGGGGAGGGGCUGCACCAAGACCCCCACACUCAGAACCACAGUGACAUUCGCAAGCUGGCUCAACAGGCAAAAGAAUUAUGAUGUAGACAGGAAUUCAAAGUCUUUGUUUAGUCAACAACAACAAAAAAACCACCUCACUUUUAGUUAACAUGUGCCAUUAAACAGAUUUGGGGAUAUUUUCCAGCCAGAAUGGAUCCAGAAGAAUUGAAUGGUGCUUCAAUUGAGAAUAAUAAUAAAUAUAUCUAUAUAGAGUAGACACUUCCCACUAUAUAUUAAUUGAGGUUGCGGAAAGUUCUUUAUAUGAAACUUAUUUAAAAUUUUCAUAUUUCAUCUUUGAAAAUGUCUAAUUGAGAAAAAUCCAUGAUAUUUUCUGGUAUGAAAGUUUGACAGUAUUAAUUUUUUUUAUAUUUUCUUAAAUCAUUAAACCAUUUUAAUAUAUGUUAACUACUAAUAAAUGGUUUAUUCUUUCUAACACCAUGUAAGCUUUUCCAACAAAGAUUGUAAUAACACAUUUAUGUUCUCAUUUUUCUACAGAUAAAUUUAUAUUUAAAAAUACCAAAAAGAAUCUACGUAUACACACCACACACAUGCACACACACACACACAUUCACACACAAGAAUAUUAUAGAGGACCUGUCGGGUGUCUGAGCCCAGCCACCUGCAUGUGUAGUACUGUGUCUCCAGGCUGCUGGAGGCCCCAGCUGUUGUCAUCUGUGCUGUGUGGGGGCGGGUGCCAUUUCUGCCUGUACUGACGAUCCUUCCCCAUGGGUUCGGAAUAUUCGCCUCACCAUGUUUACAGAGAACUAUUUUGUACAUAAGAGUUUUCCAGGCACGUACUUUACACCAGCCCUGUGUGGUUGCUGUCUGUGUUAGCUGUCACAGUGUGCACACUAAUCUGUUCAGAGUUCCUUGUGGCUGUUUUACUUGUAAAAAAAAACUUUCUAUUUCCUUCAGUAAUGUGUCCACAGUGCCCUGUGUUUCGAGUUCUAGUCCACUGCAGUACGCUCAUUUUCAUAGUGCCUCCCGAAGACCUCUCCCUGGGCCAAGGUCUCUCCUUGUGCCCUGGCACAGGUGAUACUAACUGUCAUCUCUGGUCUGUUUUUCUCUAUUAAGGAAGACAUUGUGUCUCCAUGGCUGUAAGACCGUGUGAAGCGGUUUGUGUAGUCUCCACAUAGGUGCUGUUGCCAGCACCGCCUUGCCCUGAACACUGGUAAUCCCAGGUGCUGUGCUUGGCAGAAAGGCGUCUCGCCAGAGCGCCUGUAUGUGCGUGUGAGAGUGUCCUCAGCACGGCCAAAGCAUGGCUGCCUUGCUUGGCAUCAGCAGGACAUCAUGUGAAUAGUUGUGACCUUCCAAACUGGAACUCUACAUUUUGUAUCUUACUUUUAAAGCUCCUAUAAGUAAAAUAACUAUUGGCUUUAUUAAAAUAUGCAUUUAAUAAUA